AUGUUCUCCAAAUAUGAUUUCAUAAGGGACCUUAACCCUACCAAGGAGGAUUGGAGGAUUAAGGUGAGGGUACUGAGGAGUUGGAAAGUUCCUAAUUUUCAGCGUCGUAAUUUAGAUGACAACUUGGAGAUGGUUCUGUUGGAUGAACAGUUUGACACCAUUGCGAAUGAAGGACAUGGCUCUCCUUAUUUAGUGGAUGUUAUUGGUUUGCUAUAUGGUAUAGGCGAAGUUCGCGAGCAUGUAAUCGCUGGUAGAAAAACAAAAAUGGUUGUGUUGGAGCUGGACAAUCUCAGUGGGAAGAAGCUUGAGUGUACUUUGUGGGAGCAGUACGUUGACGAAGUGCAGACUUUCUUGGCGAGUAAUUACUCUGCUCAGAAUGUUAUAAUCAUUCAGCUUGCGAGAAUAAAGGGUUUCAAGGGAAUAACAAAUACAAAGUAUACAACAAGGAUCAUCACUGAUUCCAGUGUUCCUGAGAUAGCGGCCUUUAGAAAAAGGUGUCUUUCGUCUGAUCUUGUGGACAGCAGUCAAUUGUUGACUCAGUUGUCGAGCCAAUCAUCGUAUUCUUUUGAGAAUGAUUUCUUAAAGGAUACUGAGAGGAAGUGUAUCAAUGAUAUAAAGGAUUGCAGUGAGGUCACAACAUGCAUCACUUAUGGAACCAUAAAGUCGAUUGAGAACAAGUACAACUGGUGGUACAAAUCAUGCAAGAGAUGUCCGUAUUCUGUUUCUGAAGAUUUUGAGAAGUGGUAUUGUAAUAACUGCCAGAAACAUUGGUCGGAUUAUCAUCCAAAAUUUAGUGUUCAAGUGAGAGUGGUUGAUGGUACAGAUUCUGCUUCGUUCAUACUAUUCGAUAAAGACUGUGUGGCUUUGCUGGGUAUGAGUGUUGUCGAUUUACGUGAGAAUCAUUUCAAAAGGGGUGCUGAUUUAGAAACUUAUCCAUCUGAGUUGAACGGUCUGAAUGGAAAAUCCAUGUUGUUUAAGGAGGACACAACAUUUGAUGAUGCUGUUGAUAACUGUAUGGUUCCAUCAGAACCAGAAAAAGUCGCAGAUUUUGAAAGCCAGACUUGUGGCAGUACAAAUGAUGAUGACGUUUCUUUGACUUUGUUGACACCGUCUGAGAAUUAUAAUGAUUCUAUGGAAGACAAAUUUAAUUGUUCAGUUGUGCGACCAUUGAAAAAGAUCAAACUGGAGAAAGAUUUCGAUGCUGAGGUCCGAGACACAGCGAAGGAGAAUGAUGAUGUGUAG